AUGACGCUAAUUUGCGUGAGACCACAAUCUAAAAAAUUAAAAUACAGUUUUCAAAUAUUACAACUUAGUUUUAAACAAAAGCAAAGAAUGACGGCCCACGAUCAGAUGAAAGCAAUGCUUGAUCAAUUAAUGGGAACCGGGAGAAAUGGUGAAAAUAACAGAUAUCAUGUCAAAUUUACGGACGCAAAAGUUUGUAAAAGUUUUUUACUCAACUGCUGCCCACAUGAAAUUCUGGCUUCUACACGGAUGGAUUUAGGAGAUUGUCAAAAAAUUCACGAUCUAGCUCUCCGUGCUGAUUAUGAACAAGCAGCCAAAACUCGGGAUUAUCAUUAUGAUAUAACGGCAAUGGAACAUUUACAAUCUUUUAUUGGGGAUUGCGAUCGUCGAACAGAACAAGCAAAGCAACGUCUCGCGGAGACACAAGAAGAAUUGUCUGCCGAAGUUGCUCAAAAAGCCAACAAAGUUCACGAAUUAGCCGAGCAAAUUGGUGAGAAACUUGCUCGCGCAGAACAGCUUGGAGCUGAAGGGCUAGUGGAAGAAAGUAUGAAAUUGAUGGGAGAAUUGGAAGAUCUUCGUAAAAAAAAGGCUUUAGCGGAGCAAGAAUACAGGAACUCGAUGCCGGCGAGUAGUUAUCAACAGCAAAAGUUGAGGGUGUGCGAAGUUUGCUCUGCUUAUUUGGGAAUUCACGACAAUGACAAACGAUUGGCCGAUCACUUUGGUGGAAAACUUCAUUUAGGAUUUAUAAAAAUUAGAGAAAAGUUAGCAGAGCUCGAAAAAGCAGUAGAAGCCCGAAGAAAUCAAAGAAGCGAUAGGAGUCGCGAGAGAGAUAGAGAUGAAAGACAAAAGGAAAGAGAUAGGAGAGAUAGAGAUGAUAAAAGAGAAAGAGACAGAGAUAGAUCCAGUCGCGAUCGUUCCAGUCGGGAUAGAGAUCGACAUAGGGAUCGGAGUCGACACGAACGUUCGACUUCUAGAUCUCAUAGACGUUCAAGAAGUGAUAGUCGAGACAGGAGUAGUCGAUCAUCUCGAUCUCACAGAUCCAGAUCAAGGGAAAGGCGUAGAGAUAGGGAUUCGGAUCGUAAAAGGAAACUGGAGCGGGAAAAUGGAGAUUCCAGGAUUUACAUGAAUGAUGAUGAUGAUAAUAAUAUAGAUGGGAAAAGAAUAAACGAAUUGACUCGAAUAUGUGAAACAGAUGAACAUUCUCAACUGGAUCUUCAAGAUAUGGAUGAAUCCAAUGAUUAA